AUGGAACCGGCGCUGCAGCAGAGCAGCAGCAACAGUAGUACAGCAGCAGCAGCAGCAGCACAACAGCAGCAGCAGCAGGGAUCAGCAGCAGCAACAGCAGCAGCAGCAGCAACAGCAGCAGCAGCAGCAGCAGCAACAGCAGUGGUCCUAGCAGCAGCAGCUGCUGCUGCGAACGGCAUUAACGCCACCAGCAACCAGCAGGUGGGAGCCAUGCAGCAGCAGCAAGUCGUGCAGCAGCAGGGACAGCAGCAGCUGCUGCUGCAGCAGCGGCUAGAAGCAGCAGCAGCUGUGCAGCAGCAGAACGCAGCAGCAUUAAACACCCCACAAGAAUACUGGCGGGUCCAGAUGGCAGCAACAGAAUCAGCAGCAGAACCGGCAACAGCAGCAGCAGCAGCAGCAGCAGCAGCAGCACCAGCACCAGCAGCAGCGGCACAGCCAGAAGCUUCUGCAAGGGAGGCAGCUGCAACAGCAAUAGAAGAAGCAACAACAGAACAACCAGCAGAAGCAGCAGCAGCAGCAGCAGCAGCAGAUACACAAACAGCAGCAGAGUCGGGUGGACAGCAGACAGAAUGUAUAGCUGCAGCAGCAGCAGCAGCAGCAGCAGCAGCAGCAGCAACAGCAGCAGCAGCAGCAUCUGUGCCUUCAAAAUCCCCAGCAUGUACAGGGGAAUGCCCAGAAUACAUUCUCCAGCAACAGCAGCAGAAGCAGCAAGAGGAGCGACGACAGCAGCAGCAGAAAGAAGGGCAGCAACAGCAGCAGCAGCAGCAAGAGCAGCAGCAAGAGCAGCAGCAGCAGCAGCAGGUUGCUGACGACUGUUGCUGCACUCCUCCUGUGUCGCCUCUCUCUCCCGUCCUAUCACCCCAUCAAAUCCCUUCAGCAGCACCACCACCGCCACCAGAAGCAGCAGCAGAUACAGCAGCAGCAGCAGCAGCAGCAGCAGCAGCGCAGCGGCAGCCUAGCUGCUCGUCUGUGUCUGUAUGGUUAUAUGAACGUCUUGCUCUUCUUGAGCAGCAAAUAAAAACGCAGCAAGAAUUACAUCAUAAGGAGAUUGCUAGUCUAAGGAUGAGUCAUGAAGUGUCUCUUUCUCUGGCGCUGCGGGGGACCAGCAGCAAGGAGACAGCAGCACAAAUAACAGCAGCAGCAGCGCAGCAGCAGCUAUCUUGCAGUGGCUGCUUCCGUCUACUGCAGCAGGUCCAGCAGCAACGGCAGCAGCUGCAGCAGGUGCAGCUGCAGCACGAGCAGCUCCUGCAUGCCCGCAACAGCAGCAAAUUGCGGAGAGGCAGCAGCCCCAGCGGCUGCACCAUAAGGGGAAAGGGAUCAGAUGCAGCGGCAGCAGCAACAACAGCAGCAGCAGCAGCAGCAGCAGCAACAGCAGCAGCAGCAACAGACCCGGCCACACCGACUCCUGCUGCUGUAUGCUUACCUGCAGGCACAGUCGAGGUGCAGAAGGACAGCAGCAGCAGCAGCAGCACCGAGGACAGGAGCAGGAGCAGCAAUUGGUGCAGCAAUUGCCGCUGCCGUCUCCACCGUUGCAACAGCAGCAGCAGCAGCAACAGCAACAGCAGCAGCAGCAGCAGCAGCAACAACAAAGACAGGAGUUUCAAGAGGGAAGUUGGUGGUGCAUGCGAAGGUGGUGAUUCGCAGACAUCUGCUGCUGCUGCUGCUGCUGCUGCAGAUUCUCCUGCUGCUGCUGCUGCUCAUGCAGAUUCUCCUGCUGCUGCUGCUGCUCAUGCAGAUUCUCCUGCUGCUGCUGCUGCUCAUGCAGAUUCUCCUGCUGCUGCUGCUGCUGCUGCACCGGUGACUGUGGGCUCGGUGGAAGACAAACAACUGCAGCAGCUGCUGCACCACCUCCACCACCAGCAGCAACAGCAGCAACAGCAGCAGCAGCAGCUCGACCACCACCACCAUCAUCAUCAUCACCACCACCAGGAGCAACAGCAGCAGCUACAGCAGCAGCAGCUACAGCAGCAGCAGCUACAGCAGCAGCACGUACAGCAACAGCAGCAGCAGCAAGAAGAAGAAGAAGAUAGAUGGAUAAGAGAGAUAGUGCAGCAUGCAGAUUGCUGUUUGCUGCUGCAGCAUUUCUCUCUAAUUGCAUGCAAACAUUGCAGCAACAUAAUUAAUCAGCAGCAGCAGCAGCAGCAGCAGCAGCAGCAGAAGCAGCAGCAGCAGCACCCAUAG